UCCCGGCCCGGCCCGGCCCGUUUCCCCGGCCAUGCGGGCGGCCCAGCCGCGCUGCCGGCAGCAGACCCUGUCGGAGCGGCGGCGGCUGAUCGGCUCUUCCUGCAAGCUGUUUUUCUCCAGUGAUCCACUGAAGAUUGUGAAGGCAAAAGGCCAGUAUAUGUAUGAUGAGGAUGGAAGACAAUACCUUGACUGCAUAAACAACGUUGCUCACGUUGGGCAUUGUCACCCUGAUAUAAUUAAAGCAGCCCAUGAACAGAAUCAGCUGUUAAAUACAAAUUCUCGUUACCUUCAUGACAACUUGGUAGAUUAUGCAGAGAGACUUUCAAAAACACUACCUGAGAAGUUAUGCAUCUUCUAUUUUUUGAAUUCUGGAUCUGAAGCCAACGAUCUUGCCCUGAGGUUGGCACGACAGUACACAAGGCACGAGGAUGUCAUCGUGUUAGAUCAUUCUGCCAAUUGUUUUUUAAGUGCUUACCAUGGACAUCUGACAUCUUUGAUUGACAUAAGCCCAUAUAAAUUCAGAAAUCUAGAAGGACAAAAGGAAUGGGUCCACGUGGCUCCUGUUCCAGACACAUUCAGAGGACUUUAUAGAGAAGACCAUGAAGAUUCAGUGACAGCCUAUGCUGAUGAAGUGAAAAAUAUUAUUGAUCAUGCACAUAAGAGAGGUAGAAAGAUUGCUGCAUUUUUUGCUGAGUCUCUACCAAGCGUGGGAGGUCAAAUCAUUCCACCAGCAGGUUAUUUUCAAAAGGUUGCACAGCAUGUGCACAAGGCAGGAGGCGUAUUUAUUGCUGAUGAAAUUCAGGUUGGCUUUGGCAGAGUUGGGAAGCACUUUUGGGCAUUCCAGCUUCAGGGAGAAGACUUUACACCUGACAUUGUCACUAUGGGGAAACCAAUAGGAAAUGGGCACCCUCUUGCCUGUGUAGCAACCACAAAGGAAAUUGCAGAAGCAUUUGCAGCCACAGGAGUGGAGUAUUUUAAUACAUUUGGUGGAAACCCUGUUUCAUGUGCCAUUGGAUUGGCUGUGCUGGAUGUGAUUGAGAAGGAACACCUUCAGGAUCACGCCACAGAGGUUGGCAACUUCUUGAUGAAGCUACUCAAGGAGCAGCAAAUCAAGCAUCCCAUCAUUGGUGAUGUCAGGGGUUGUGGCUUAUUCAUUGGAGUGGAUUUAAUCAAGGACCAGGCAGAAAGGACCCCAGCCCCAGCAGAAGCAGAGCACCUGAUAACAAGACUUAAGGAAGAACAUAUUCUACUGAGUACAGAUGGACCAGGAAGAAAUGUGCUGAAAUUCAAGCCCCCAAUGUGCUUCAAUAUGGAGGAUGCAAAAUUUGUUGUGGAAACAAUGGACAAGAUACUAACAGAUAUGGAAAAAGGAUAUCUGAACCAACAGAAAACAUCUACUUGUUCUACCUGAGCAGGAAACCAAGAAUGCAAAAAGCCUCUUACUAAGUACAGUACUAGUAAGACACUUACAUAUAAUGUAAGCGAAAAUGAGGCAAUGAAGUAGAUUUCUUUUAAUGAUACUUUUACAAAAAAACAUAACAUUAUUUUCUUUCCAUAGGUUUCAAACAAUGUUCAAGAUCUACUACUAAGAAACAUUAUUCUACUAUAAUCACAUUUAAUCUUCAAUCCUAGCAUGUCUUAGACCAGAUAAGUCACCUUUAAUUUUGUUAUUUUCAAUUAUCUUGUUUUUAGUAAAAUCUUUAGG